UUACAUUUCAUAGUUACCUUUGGACUAUUCGUGCUUUUUUGGAAUGUGAUAAUAAUGAUAUUUCUAACGGGAGUAUUAAGAGAUCCAUUUUCAUACGAUUCCUUGAAAUCUUCAAUGGAAAAUUUGCUGAGUGAAGGAUUAAAAUACACGAGAGAGGAUUUAGAUCGUCAAAAAUAUUUUAACUCUAUUAUACACAAAGUAUAUGCGAAAACUAGAUGCCGAUACAUAUUUCUUUAUUCUGAUGUAAUGACACUUUUAAUUGGGUUACAUUUCGUACCUGUCUACAUUAAUUUUGUGGAACACCAAUUGGGUAACAAAACCUUCGACGCUCCUCACGAAUUCGUCAAAUUGUCAAAUACAUCACUUGUAACAAUAAUUAUAACGUUGGUAGCAUUUUUGUGCAUCAUAUUACAACGACUUGUAUUCGUACUCGAGGCCAAAGCAAGACGAUAUCUUCUGUUGCCAUGGUUCAUAUUUUUCGUAUGUCUCGCUGCAUACCACUGCUACUUUGGAGUUUCCACCUUUUUUUACUAUCCUUGGGAGCAUAAAAGAUUUCUUUUGUUAAUAUCGAACGGGCUUUUCUUCAAACUCCAUAUUGAAAUGUGUAAGGGCAUGUAUCAGUAUUACAAAUUGAUAUCGGAUGAGCGAACUGGAAUUUCGGAUGAAAAUUCUUAUGACCACAAUGAUUGA